AAGUCAGUGAGGGAGCAAAAGAAAAGUCAACCCAAUCAGACGAAAAAAUCUAGAACAAGCCUUUGUGGAAGUCCCUCCCUUGAAUUUUAGCGAGGUAGAGCUGCUAUAUGCUCGGACGUCAGAGGGACGAUGGUGGAGGGCUGGUAAAGAUGGCGGCGCUCUCCGAGGAUGGGAGGUAUGGACUGAAUUGUGGCCGACGGAAUGCAGAUCGAGUCACCGUUUUGCACGUAAAAUUGACAGAGACAGCUUUCAGAGCAAUAGAGAGCCACCAAACCAAUAAGAAUGUACCGUCCUCGCGGCCAACAAUACAAUUCAAGGGACUCCAAGGGCGUAUUAAGAUCCCAAGGACUGACUCUCUGGAUGGCUCUCAGAACUUUGACUUCUAUCUGUCCAACGUGGGCAAGGACAACCCCCAGGGAAGCUUUGAGUGCAUCCAACAAUACGUGUCCAGCUCAGGGACCCCCCACCUGGUGUCCUUGGGGACGAUUCAGGACAAAGUUACAGUGUGUGCCACCAACGACUCCUACCAGGUGACCCGGGAGCGCAUGGCGCAGGCCGAUGAGGACAGUCGCAAACGGGGGACCAAGGUCCUCAAGCCUGUGGGCCAGUUCAGAGGUAAGAAAGUCCAGAUCCGCAAGCCAGCGCCGUCAGGCUCCGAACCAGUUGCGGAGCGCAAACGCUCCACCCCCAUCAACCCAGCCAACACCAUCCGCAAGUGCCUUGCCAACAACCCGGUGUCCCAGCGGCCCUACCGCGACCGCCUCGUCCACCUGCUGGCUCUGCGCUCUUACAAGAAGCUGGAGCUACUGGCCAGGUUGCAACGGGACGGGGUCAGCCAGAAGGACCGCAGCUCUCUGGGGAGCACCCUGCAGCAAGUGGCCAACCUGAACCCCAAAGAUAACUCUUACUCUCUGAAGGACUUUGUGUACCGCGAUGUGCAGAGGGACUGGCCGGGCUACUCCGAGGAUGACCGCGUUCAGGUCAACGGGAUCUUGGUUCGGAAACUGGGCCUUCCCACUGAGACACUUUCCUCCAGCAGUCCUCUUAAAGACGGCCUCCCGGCUUCCCCACAGCAGAAGUGCCAGCCCGAGUUGCCAGUUCACUUCACCGACCCUCUGAUGCCGAAGAAGCCCCGCAUCUCCCAUGUCACCAGCCAAGGGCCCCCUUCCGCCCCAACCCCCAUCCCCACCUCGUCCUCUAGAGAGCGCCGCGCCCCCCCGAAGGAGGACGACAGCCACCACAGCGCCGCUGCCACCACCAACACAAAGCGCUCGUCUCUCCCAGCCAGCACCACCACCACUGCUGGUCCGCCCCUCAACCACCACCACCUUCCCCCUCCCUCCCAGCUCCAGGUUUCUCAACGCCCUCCCCCGUCGCAUCAGUCUGGCCCGGGCUCCAACUCCAACUCGCCCAGCACGCCUGAGGGCCGUGGCACCCAGGACCUGCCCCUGGACCAGAGCUCGACUUGCCUGGAACCCCCCUCACCGAUGGCCACCUCCAGCCCCCCGAGCAGGACCGCUGACCGUUAUGGCCCCUGCAUGCCGCCACCAGCCAGCUCCAGUCCCCAAAGCCACUCAGCCCUCACCAUCUCUUCUUCAUCCUCCUCAUCCUCUACUAUUAUUCCCCCUCCCUCGCCAAGCAGUAGCAAGAAGUCUAAGAAAAAGUCAAAGAAGCACAAAGAGAAGGAGAGGCGCAAGGAUGUGCGAAGCAGUAAAGGCGAUGGCCCUGGUGUCAGCCCCCGAGGGGUGCCGGUUGUGGACGCUCAGAGGCCCAGGAAGAGACACCGCGCCAAGGCGGAGGAGAGACAAACGCCAGUCAUCCCCGCCAAGAGCCCAGUCUGCCCGGACGAAGACACUAAAGAGAGGCCAGUCCACUCGUCAGACCUAUCCUCCACCACUGUGAUGCCAGAUUACAUAAGUAAGUACACGGCAGUGGUGUCUAUGGACCAGAGGCAGACCUACAAGGACGAAUUCAACGCCGAGUAUGAGGAGUACCGCGUCCUGCAUACCCGUGUGGAGAACAUCACCCGCCGCUUCCACCAUCUAGACACCGAGUCCAGGAGGCUGCCUCCCGGCACCAAAGAGUACCAGGAAGUACAUGAAGAAGUGUUGCAGGAGUACAAUAAAAUGAGACAACACAGCCCAAACUACCAGGUGGAGAAGCAGCGCUGCGAGUACCUGCACAACAAGCUGGCCCACAUCAAGCGCCUCAUCGCUGACUUUGACCAGCGCAGGGCCCAGUCCUGGCGCUAGAGCUCCAGCUUCAAGACCACAGUGUUGAGGGGUGGGCAGAGCAAGGGGAGUCCAACUGGCUUUUAUUUAUUCAGACCCCUCUGCCACCGCUUCCUUCCUUUACCCUUUCUUUCUACCUUUUUGAUUCCACAGGCUGCAGGAGGCUACAGUACACCAUCUUCAAAUUCUUAUUCACUGCCGCCCCCCCCCCUAACAUUUUCUCGUAUUGGUUUCUCCUGAAGCUCCUCUCCAUUGCUACAACACUGGUCUAGAGGAAGGGAGCUACAUGUGAGGGGGUGGUAGGGCAUAAAUACUUAACGCGUCUUACCUUUUGAAGGACUUAUCCCUAAAAAUGAACAACAAAAAUUAAACUUAUUUUUGAAAGCAGAGAAAAUAUUAUACUUACACUUGUAUUUAAGUAAAUAAAGAGGGAGAUCUAUUUAUUUUGGACUGUUAUGAUGGAGGAGCGGUCCACAGAUGAUUUAUUGUUUAAAAAGUUUAUAUUUUCCAAAAGCAAUGCAAAAAAACGUGGGCCUUAUGUGUUUGACUUUAUGAAGCCAUUUUGCACGUGAGAGAUCCCAUGCUGCAUCCCAGUGGUCCAAAGUGGCUCAUCUUCAUUGUAAAGUAGAGGGCUCAAGGAAAGGAAUCCACUUGAGCAAUUGAGAUGUAACACCAAUGUGUGUGUGCAUGGGUUAUAAAUGGCUUAUAAUUGGGGUGGGAUGGGUAAAUUAGUAGUAUCUGUCCCCUGACAGCAGGGGCGUGCUACCCUGAGCACCACCAGUGUUUCUGCCCUCAGUGCAAAAGGGUGCCUUAACGUGUUUAGUUUACACUGCAAUGUCGAGUCGCUGAGACUUCUAGGGUCCCCAAGGCAACACGGGGGAACUACAACCACCUGGCUACAGGUCACACAGACCAGUGUGUGUGUGUGUGUGUGUCGGGGGGAGGGGGGGACAGUAAAGAAAAUGUCUGAGGUGAAGUGGUACCUUUUUGAGAGGUGAGGGGGUUUCAAGAGGGGCUACAAAGGUCAGGGUGGUUUGUGUGUGUGUGAGUGUGACCUGUGUAUGGGUGGGUGCCAAUGUAAAACAGGGGGGGGGUUAACAGGUUGGGGCGAAAACACAAAGGGGGGGGGGGGGGAGAAGAAAAGAAAAAAGUUUAAAAAAAGCUGCUUUAGUCUUUGUUUGAAGAGCCAGAGCCCUCAGGAUCAACCUGGCUAAAGUUACAUGUUCUUAAUUGGGAGGCUGUUCUAGAGUAGCAAAUCUCUAGAAGGACUACAGCGUUGCCUCGCCAGCUUAUUUAAAGGAAAACAGGCUGUGUUCUGUUUGACAAGGGGGGAAAAAACGAAUGCAUCCACCAGAAGACAAAUCUGUAUUACGAUGACAAAUGUAUUAUUCUCGAUUCUAGUUUUGGCAGUGCAGCAGAACUAUGGAAGAACUACGAUUUAGCAUUUCUGUUUUAGGUUUUUGAAUUAAACUCAUGCUGAUUUAGUUUGGAUGGGUUAUGAUAAUGAAAAUCAACUUUUGAGUCUAUUUCAUGAUAUCGUUAAUUAACAAGCUCCUUUGAGCUCAAGGGAAACAUUAUGUUUACAAACCUGUGUUAGAAUGUUUGCCCAAAAAAUUUACUGUUCUGGUAUUCAAGUGGAGGAUUUAACCUAUCAGUUGUCACACUGAUACCAGAGACAGGAUAUGAAAUGUAUUCCCUGGAAAAUUGCUUAUUUUUGUUCUUUUUUUUUUGAGGGGGGUGGGGAUAUUCUAAUACUUUUUCUUCAUUUGAACUUUUUUUCUGUUUCCGGGGGGUGGGGGGUAUAAAAAAUUAUAAUUAUAUAUAAUUGUAAGAAACUGAAGAUGCAAACUUGCUGCCGUAUGGUGUAAUGUAAGUCUGUGAUAGAGCUCAUAUCAACUGUAGUGAAAUGAUUGGGGCUUCCUUUUGAAUGGGCCAGUCUCUGCAGCAGACCGACUCUUUCCAGAGGUAGUGUCACUUUUUAAAACAGGAGCUUGGCUCUCUCCAGUCACACAAGCCAACUAUAUUUCAGUGUUGCUGUAUUUCAAUUUAAGUCACACUCUAUAAGGACCAUGAGCUCAACAUGCUUAAGAGGGAUUUGUAGACAUGAAAAAUACAUAUUUGCAGAUCCUGAGUCCCAAGAGGAGUACUGAAGUACAGGAUCCAUUCCCAGGAAAGUGGGUACUUGGUCAGAGCCUCACUCAAAUAAUUUGUGUGAUGGGCUCAGUUUAUUUUAUUUUUCCCCUUUUCCCAUAACUGUAUUGCAGUCGUUUCCCAGAAUUUGUGAGUCACCCAAGGUUGACCCAAUAGCCAAAAUGUACGCUAGGCUGCACACAACUCCCAAGGUCUAGUCCGUCUCACUGCCCCCCCUCCUUCCUCCUUUUUAAAGACAGCUCUGUAACAUAGCUGCAUUGUUGCUAAGCCCCACUCCCUUCCAGCCCCUCUGAAGCAGUAAGCCACUCUGCUAAUCGCUAAUCGUUCUCAUACUGGGGCUCAGGGAGAGGCUGUCCUCGCCGCGACCCCGCAGGCUAAUGCCCAGCUAAAGGAGCGUCAGCCAGGAGAUGGGUCAGAGGACAUUUAGCUGGGUCUUAACAUGGCAGGCCGCUAAGUGACUCAUCAGUACUGCUGGAAGCAAGGAAGGAAGGAGGGCUGAGAGCGCAAAAGCAGAUGAGUUGUUUUUGUUAUGUUGGGGGAGGAGGGGUCAAGUUUUAAUGAGAUAAAGGGCAAACAAGUGUUAAACACCAUUUCAAAACUGUAUGGAUUGUGAAGGAGUGGUAAACCUGCCCACCUGAAAAUGCAUUAAAUCAGUACAAUAAAAGCCAACUUGGUUCUACAUUGAA